AGCUAUGCUUUGCAAGCAGCGCGUCGUCGGCCUGCGCCCAGGGCGGCCCGCCCGACCGCCAUGUGCCGCUGGGAGGGCAGCCCGAGCCGCCUCGGCGCCCUGGCGCUGCUGUGGUGGGCGGCGAACACGCGGCUGCGGCCCGCCUUUGCCCGGCGGAACCUGGCCUUCUUCGGGCAGUGCCGGCCCGAGGCCUGGAGGCCGGCCGAGGGCCCGGAGAACGAGACCGGCCUGACGGUGCUGCAGGCGACGGUGGGGCACUCGGGGACCACGAGCAUGUCCGCGGCCCUGCACCUGCUCGGGCUGCGGUCCUUCCACAGCGACGACGUGCUCGUGUACCUCCCGGAGAUGUUCUUCCCGAGGCCGGACGUGGCCGCGCUGCUGCGGUCCUGCCGCGUGGAGGCCGUGGCGCUGCAGCACUGGCUGGAGCUGAACUUCGAGCUGAUCGAGCGGCGCUUCCUCCAGCAGCAGCAUGAUCGGCAGUCCCCGCAUCGUCAAGGCUGUCCAUUUCGUGUAGAGGACUGUGUAUCCGGUGCUGCUUGAACAACUGCUGGACAGGUGUACCUGGCGCGCGGGUCUCGGCACCAGCCCCUGUACGAGACAUCGAUGUGAAGUGCAGGUGAAGGGAAUGCUCGAGUAUGGGGAAUGCUGAAUGUCUCAGGCGAUCUCGGUGAUGGUGGUAAUACUCUGGCUUGAGCCAGGAGGAGGAGGAGGCCGAAAUAAGGAGGGUGGGUGGCGGAGCCGGUCACGGGCGUUCUCGUGAAUUGUUUAGAUUGGGUUUGGACAUGACCGUUGCUCGUCCUGGAGAGCCAUUGUUGCCACGGCCAGAUCUUCUUCGAAAUGUUGGUAAGAGCACACCCCUUGAAAAGUCCGUGGGGUAGCAGUAUCUGCAUCUUCCUUCUCUCCCCCAAGGUGAGCCCGUUGCCUGUGGCGUGCCCCACCACCGUGCCAGCGCAGCAUCUUCACAAAUAUUCGCGCGGGGUGGUUCU